AAAUGGUCUAUCUACAGCAGCAGAGGGCGGAAUAAGGAGCUCUGGGUACGGAAGACAUACCCAGACGCCAAAACAGGAAAUUAGAGCGGAGGACCCAGUCUGGAAAGGAAAAAAUUGCCCUAGCACCAACGGUUUGCUGUUGGCUGAGGAACCUGCAGAACCUGUCUGGACCUGCAGGAAACCACUGGUUUGCUGGAGUAAGACUCUAACUGUGCAAUGGCUCUGCUGACCUUGCAUAGGAUCCCUUCCAUCUCCACCGCUCCGGAUGAAGGCCUCCAAAAGAAAGGACGACUUCAGAAAAGAGAGAGUUUCGCUCUGGUUAAAGGAGCGGCCCUCCUACUGGAAGAUGGCGACGUUGGUGAGCUGGAAGAAGAAACUUCUACUGACGACGUAUCUCCUGUGAAAAAAGAAGCAUCAGGCACGCGGCUCAGACACCUCCACGCCAUGCUGGAACAGCUCAGACCAGAGGACACCAUCAAGCUGGCGGUGGAGCUGGAGUCGAUCAGCACUGUCAGAGUCAGGUAUCUGAUCGUCGUCUCCACGCUGGCAAGCAAACAAGAGAGCAUUCUUCUGGGCAUUGAUUUCCCCAGCUCAGACAGCGAUCAUUGCACCAUCGGCCUGGUUCUGCCGCUGUGGAGCGACACACAAGUCUAUCUGGAUGGAGAUGGUGGUUUUAGUGUGACGUCAGCAGAGGAGACCAGAAAUUUUAAACCCGUUUCCAUGCAGACCAUGUGGUCGAUCCUACAGGUCCUGCACGGCUGCUGCGAGCGGGCAGUCAAAGCAGCACUAAUCCCAGGCUGUGGGCUGGAGUGGGCCCAGCACUACGCCCAGCACAUUGAGUCCGAUCGGUUCUGCCUGAACGAAUGGGAGGCCAUGAAUGACCUGGAGUCAGUGCGCCGGGACAGUAGUGGACAAAGCUCUGCAGAUAGAGUUUCCAAUGAAAGGCUAAUCAAAGAGAACCUGAGAGACAUCAUGAGGACUGAAGAUCUGGACAACCUCACGUCUAAAAUGGUGCACAUUGCUCUGGAGACCAGGAUAGGGUUUGACAUGAGACCCUACAAGGAGUACAUAGAUAAUGAGAUCUUGGUUACCAUGGCUCAGAUGGACAAACCCUCGAAAAUAUUUGAUUACCUUUACUUGGGCUCUGAGUGGAACGCAGCUAACUUUGAGGAGCUGCAGAAAAACAACAUUGGCUACAUUCUCAAUGUCACAAGAGAGAUUGACAACUUUUACCCAGAAUCCUUCACCUACAUGAACAUCAGAGUGUACGACGUGGAGGCCACCGACCUGCUCUCCCACUGGCCGGACACAUACAACUUCAUUAACUCUGCAAGGAAGAGUGGUCAAGCGGUGCUGGUGCACUGUAAGAUGGGCGUGUCCCGAUCUGCAUCCACUGUAAUCGCCUACGCCAUGAAGCAGCAGCGCUGGUCUCUGGAUGAGGCACUGGCCUACGUCCGGGAAUGCAGGUCUAUUAUCAAACCCAACGACGGCUUCCUGAAGCAGCUGCAGACCUACAGUGGUAUCCUCAGUGCAAGCCAGCAGCGUCACAGUGCUCUCUGGAAGCCCAGGCAGAAGUCUGUGCGAAAGGAGCAAAGUGCGCAAGAUGGAAAGCCAGGAGAGGAGGAAGAGGAUGAGGAGGAAUAUGAUGAUGAGGAGGAGGAGGAUGACAGCUCAGAUGAGGAAAAUAAUUCAGAAGAAGACCAAGAAGUGUUUGAAGAAAAAGCUCCACCAUCUGACAUCCAGGAAGUAGAAGGUCCCACCAUCACUAUAAAUGAACCGGACAAGGUCGCUCCAAGCGUGAACCGCAGUGGCAGGAUGAACCUGUUCUCCCUCAUGCAGUCCAUCAGUGAAAUGGAUGACAUGGAAAAGGGACAUGAAACGCUUCCUGGCAGUCCGAGACGCUCUCCUAAGCAGCGGAGGCGCAGCCAAGGCCGACGGCUGACCCACCAAAAAGCGUGCUUAGAUGUGUCGCCAGAGCCACGCUCCCUGCCGGACGAUGGACGAAGUAAUCACUAAAGUGGACAAAAGCCUGGACAAUCAGGGAGGCACAGGAGGGAGGGGGUUCAAUAAAGGAAAUCCUGAUGGGGGAGGAAUCCAGGAACAAAGCCAAGGCAGUUCUGUUGAAGAUGUAGUUGAUUUUGCUGGGCUUGCAUUGCACACCUGAGCUCCUAGUGAUACCUGGGUUAUUACUCUCUCUGCAGUAUUGCUGUAACACUCCCAGCCUGGAUUUCAUUUAGCUCGUCAGUCUGUCAAAUGGUAUUAUGGUUAUAAAAUCUUGUCACCAUGAUCCCACAGACCCUCCCUCCUGCCCACUGGAGUUCACCCUUCAACACUUCAGAGAGAUCUAUGCAAUACCUGUAAUCUCUCCCCCGCUGAUGAACACACGGCUUUUUAAACGACCCCAUCACACCUUCUGCUUUCUAAGAUCUCUGCUGGAAGGAUUUCACUGUAUCCAAGCUGUGCAUUACGGACCACGUUAAAGGCCAGUUUUAUGGCGCAUGCUUGAUUGCCAAACUGUUUUUUUUUUAUGUGCCAGUAAAUCUAUUUAAUUAUAUAUAUAUAUAUA